ACGAGGGAAAGUCAAAGAAGCGGCAGCGAAACGACGAUGUAAAGUUUUAAGAUGUGUCAACCUUCCUCUUUAUUGGACUGCUGGACACAAGAAAACAGCGAGUUGGCAAAUAAAUGUGAGGAAGAAGGUCAGAGUGCUUUGAGCCGAGACCACAACCAGACCAGCGUGAGAUGGUGUUCCUCUGAGUUCCACAAGCUUUUAAGAAAAAUCCAAGGCAUCCCUCCUCAUGCAGAUCAUGCACAGCUGGAGCUUUCGGUGGUGUACAAUAUUUGCAUCUGCUUUAUCUCUCAGGCUCGGUUCACUGAGGCUGAGCUUCUCCUCACAAAAGCCACAAACAGAGUACUGCAAAUGACAGGAUGUGACCCUAUUGCUUCAGACUCUCCUCUACUUUGGAGAACAGCUGUCAAGACAGUGGAAAACACAGCUUUGCAUUGCUUUGUGCUUUACGUCUUCACUCUGCAAUGGGCAGUCUGGCUGGCCACCUGCCAAAUGAAAACUAUACAAGAAUUUCAGGAGGAGAUAUCCUCUUCAUUCAAGGCUCUGAGUGGUAGAGAUGGGAAUAGUCAUAGGGAUGAGGCAAAGGAAAAGUUGAUAAACACCCCAAGACUGGUCAUGGACCCAAGAAGGCUUGUUGAAUUAUUGCAGAUCAGCACCGCCAUUGCCCAAGGUGCUGAAAAGCUGAAUGAGGGUUGGUGUUCAGAGGCGCUGACUGAUCUGCAGGCGGCUUCUAGUCUGCCAGCUCCCAGAGCUCUAGUAGCAUAUACGCACCUCCUCUCAGGCUCCUGCCUCGCCCAUAUGAGCCGCUCCCAAAUGGCUCUGCAGUGUUACAGAAAGGCUCUGGAGACAGACUCUCGGUGUGUUAGUGCUCUCUACCAGAGCAUACUUGUCUACAGGAAGCUGGGAAAUGCGCAGGCUGAGAUUCAAGCCCUUCGUAUCAUGCAUUCGACUUUGUUGUUGCCCUCUACUACCGAGCCUGCUUUGGCCAGUCCUCAUUUCCUGUCUCCGUCCUUGCUCCUCUGCAGUCAAUCACUGAGGAACCUACUCUCAGUCCCAUCUGCCCUCAGUGUCCUUCACAAAUUGGCUCUCAAGUGUGUGCUUCAUGGCAGAGCUUCAGAGGGUGUUGAACAUUACCUGGACCUCCUUGCUGCUCUUCACUCAGAAGAUCGAAAUGGAGUGCAUGCUGAAUUGUCCACCCUCCCCAGAUUGCCCCAACUUUACCUGGAGGCUGGAGCUGCCUUGCUCAUGACCCAACGGUCAGCAGAUUGUAUGGUGCUCUGCAAUGAAGUCAUCGACAUGACACUGGAGCUUUUGCCGGAAAAAGGGGUGUUGGUCGAGCCAGAAGAGCGAAGCCUUGCAGGGACCAAGGAUGUAAAAGAGGAAGGUGAUGAUAAGUUGGCUAUGUUGCUCUGGGUUGCAGCUGCUUAUUUUCUCCAGGGUCAAAGCCACAGUCACCACAAGGACUGGAAACAAGGGGUGACAGACUACACAAGGUGUUUUAACCUACUGAUGAAGGUGAACUUAAAAAAUAUAGAUCUACAACCACAAAUCCCCGGUACAGAAAUGGAUGACAAUCAGGCAGUAUAUAUCUGCAUCCUCCAAAGACUCAAAGGGCUUUUAUUGGCUGGGAGGGGCAUCAGCUUCACCCAGAUGGACCGGCUUAGAGAGGCCCUUAGAGACCUGCAGCUCAGCCUGCAGGUCCUCCCAGAACAUGUUGGUGCAGGGCUGUGGUGUGGUGAGGUGCUGUGGAGGCUUGGCAGGAAGCGAGAGGCAGCAGCUUGUUGGGAAAAGACCUGGAACCUUCCAACCCAAUCUUUGACAGAGAGUCUUCCUGUGUAUGUACAUGGACUUCUGUCUGGCCCACUGUUAGACUCAACAGAAUUGCGCCUCAGAAUACAUGAACAUGGACUUAUCCAGUGAGCCUGGAGACCAAAGGAGGAUAACGAUUGGACAAGACUGAUUUUCCCUGGCUUGUGCAAUGGAACACAUGUUUGUAUACAACAAAAAACAAUAAAAUAAAGCAUUUUUUAAGGACAAACAGUGUUCUGAAGAGAGAAUGGACAGAGUGGAUGGUAAACCUGAAAUGAGUCUUAUGUGUGAAGGAAAUAUUAGUUGAGGAUAACGGUAUGUUGACUGUGCCUGGAAUAAAAA